AUGUCUGACCGUUCGCACGCGUCUGCGCGCCCAGCCAGCAAGACGCUGCUGAACCUGGGGAACCUGCCGCCCAAGCACGACAACUUCAAGGCCGACGACCAGUACCCCCGUGCGGCGUCGCGCGUCGACCCGAACAACCCGCCGUGGCCGGCGUACCGUGGGUACCACGAGUACUCGUUUGCGCACGAGACGAUGGGCAAGCGCCUGCCGACGAUUCUCGGCAAGGCGAUUGAGGACGCGGUGAAGACGCUGAACGAGCAGUACGACGAGGAGAUGAUCCUCGAUCUGCUGCGCUGCAUCGAGCACAUGCAGGGGCUCAUGAAGGAGCUGCAGUCCAACUCGGUGCUGCGCCCGAUCGUCGACGACGGCGAGGGCGACGUGCCGCUGUGGAACAAGGCGAUCGCGAAGUACUUCCGCGGCAAGGACUUUAUGAAUGCGCCGUGGCUCUUCGCCGAGGCGUACAAGUACCGCCGCCUGCACGAGUCGUUCUCGACGUCGCGCUACUGGCGCGACUACGACGUCUUCUUCCGCCAAAAGUGCGACACCUUCAGCCGCUCGAACGUCGCCGUGUUCGAGCUGUCGACGCGCUUUGCCGUGCCGAGCGCGAUCGACAGCUCGCUCCCGGACGAGGCGCGCGAGAUGCAGCGCAAGCUGCUGUUCAUGGAGCUCACGCAGAUCUGCCUGUGGGGCAACGCGACCGACCUCUCGCUGCUGAUCAACAUGACCGAGGAGGACAUCAAGAAGAUUCAGUCGACGGGCGGCGAGCACCUCGCGUCGACCGAGAAGAACAUCCUCGGCAACCACCUCGGGCGCCUGUGGGACCUCGUCAGCCGCAUGAAGAACGGGCGCAUCGACUUUGUGCUCGACAAUGCGGGCUUUGAGCUGUACUGCGACUGCGUGUACGCCGACUGGCUCAUCCAGGCGGGCAUCGCGCGCGAGAUCCACUUCCACGGCAAGCGCAUCCCGUGGUUCGUCUCGGACGUGACGCGCAAGGACUGGUGCUGGCUGCUCAACUCCAUGACCUACGGCUCGCUCUUCCCCGAUGCGCAGCCGCAGGAGGUCGAGAGUCUGCGCACGCUCGGCAAGCGCUGGAAGCAGUACGAGCGGGAGGGCAAGUGGAUCUACGAGCAGCACCCCUUCUGGUGCACGGGCUACACGUUCUGGGAGAUCAACACCGAGUCGCCCGACCUCUUCCACCACCUGUGCGACAGCCAGCUCGUGAUCUUCAAGGGCGACCUGAACCACCGCAAGCUCACGUACGACUGCCAGGCGCCGACGUCGACGCCGUUCGACGUGGCCAUCGGCCCGCUCGCGAAGGACGCCGGCGCGCCGCCCGUCGCGUCGCUGCGCACGAUCAAGUCGGACGUCGUCGUCGAUGUGCCGCUCGAGGUCUCGGAGCGCCUCGACCGCGAGGAGCCUGGCUGGCGCAUCUCGGGCAAGUACGCGGUCGUGCUGCUCAGCGACGGCAGCCCCACGCCGCUGCCACCUCCAUAG